AUGAAACAAUCAAACUUUGAAAGCUCAGAGUACCAAACGCGCGGCAGAGUACGACAGGAAUUAGGCGAAUCAGCGGAAGGAAACUGGUCUAUGGAUUUAGUAGAUACUUUGUCGUGGAAAAAUUACUUUAAUUGGAAGAUUCAGUGCUUGUAG